GUACAGAUCACUGUAUGAGCCGUACAAACACCUGAUAUCAGAGGAGGCGGACAAACAGGUUGACAAAUUUCUCAGUCGUGACCGAUCAUUACGUGAAUACACGAGGGAGAUCGAGAAACUAAAGAAAAUGGAGUUUGCCAUUGCUUCGUUCCCUGUAUACGUGCCAAUGUAUUUCUUCCUGCUAGACUGUUCCCACUUAAAUCAGUGGAUGGUGGACAGGUCACGGCAUCUUGUAAAGAGAAUGGUUGACAAUAUCAUGGUUACGAGUGAGAAGUUUAAUCGUAACAUCUGUAGACAGUAUGAUAAUAUUGUGAAGAACAUUACCAUGCAAUCUGAGAGAACAGAUGAGCUUGUGGCACAGAUGAAAUAUGUGGAGAGUCUGAGAGCUGGAGAACUUCUCAAACUUAAGGAGAAGCAGGAAGUGGCUGCAGGGAACCUCAUGUUUCUGAUGCAUUAUGGGUAUCUACCAAAAGAUGACAUCCUGUUGAACAACAAUACAUUCUCCUGGGCUGAAAGAAUUAUUCCAAUGAUAACUAGCACGGAGUUGAAGCUACAGAAGGAGCAUGAUUACUAUACCAACAAGUUGAUGGACUGGCAGAAACGUUUCCAGACACAACUUGAUGCUGUUGCUAAGCAACUUAAAGAUUUCUCAGGGAAAGAUAGAAUGUCAGAGGCUGAGCAGUACACAGUUGACCUCAAAGAAAUCCAAGAUAAGAUAGAAUUCUUUCAAGAGGAGAAAACAAAAAUUAAUCGUGAAGAAGUGAUGCUUGGAAUAGAGCAUAUAACGCAGUAUCCCCAGAUACAAGACUUCAUCGCACAGAAAGAACCAUUUGAUAAACUCUGGACGACAGCUGUACAUUUCCAUGCCCAGUAUGAUAAAUGGAUGAAUGGUCCACUGCUCAAUGUCAAUGCUGAAGUCGUAGAGGAAGAGAUUCAAACAUUGUGGAAGACAGUGUACAAGUUGAUGAAGAACUUUAGUCAGAAACACCACCAGGGUCCGAUGAGAGCAGCCGCCACAAUCAAGAGCAAGUUACAGAAGUUCCAGAUCAACUUGCCACUCAUCAAUUCACUCUGUAACCCUGGUAUCAAGGACAGACAUUGGGAUAUGAUGUCAGAAAAAGUUGGAUUCAAUAUGGCUCCCACUGAGGAGACCCCAUUAAUGGAGGUAUUACAGCUGGGAUUGGAGAAAUAUCUGGAUAAAUUACAGUUGAUUAGUAAUCAAGCUAGCAAGGAAUUUGCCCUCGAAAAUGCAUUGAAAAAGAUGAAACAGGACUGGCAGAACAUGCAUUUCAGUUUUGUGAAUUAUAAAGACACUGAUAUCAGCAUAUUGUCAGCACCAGAUGAUGUACAGGUGUUGCUAGAUGACCAUAUUGUAAAGACCAUGACAAUGAAAGGUUCACCGUUUAUUGGACCAUUUGAAGAGGAAGUUAAUGAAUGGGACUUAUUUCUGCAUAGAAUGAAGGACACAUUAGAGUCCUGGUUGAAUGUACAAGCUGCCUGGUUGUACCUGGAACCAAUCUUUGGAUCAGAGGAUAUUAGGAGCCAGAUACCAGUGGAGGGACAGAUGUUUGUAGAGGUGGAUGAACACUGGAGAACUAUUAUGACAAAUGCUAUAAAGAAUACGGAAGCUUUGGUAGUGGUAUCUCAAGAUAAUAUGCUGGAAAAACUCAAGCAUUCAGAGUCAAUGUUGGAUGACAUUCAGAAAGGUCUUAACAAUUAUCUGGAGAAGAAGAGACUGUUCUUUCCAAGGUUUUUCUUCUUAUCUAAUGAUGAGUUACUGGAGAUUCUAUCUGAGACAAAGGACCCUCUCCGUGUACAACCUCACUUGAAGAAAUGUUUCGAGGGUAUAUCGCAGCUCAGUUUUGACAUAGACAAGGUUAUUACAGCAAUGGAGUCGGCGGAGAACGAAGUGGUGCCGUUUGCUAAAACAAUUGUCCCUGCUGAUGCUAAAGGUUUAGUGGAGAGAUGGCUACUUCAGGUUGAAGAAGUGAUGAAACUAAGUUUAAAGGAGGUAAACUUAAAGGCAACAGAGGCAUAUCCCAAGAUACCACGUGGAGAAUGGGUGUUACAGUGGCCCGGACAGAUAGUACUUGCUGCGUCACAGAUACACUGGACAACAGAGGUUACUCAGUCGAUCAAAUACCACAGCUUAGGUCCUUACCUACAGAAGAGUAACAAGCAGAUAGAGGAAGUGGUUACCAUGGUGAGGGGAUCACUCUCUAAGAUGGCUAGAAUCACACUAGGAGCUCUCAUUGUCAUUGAUGUGCAUGCACGAGAUGUUGUUCAGAAGUUGAAUGACAUAGAAAUAAAGGACCCCCUAGAUUUCUCCUGGAUAUCUCAGCUAAGAUAUUAUAAGGAAGAUGAAGGCACUAUGGUGCGUAUGAUCACUACCACCGUGGCUUAUGGGUACGAGUACCUGGGUAACACAGGACGGCUUGUGAUCACGCCUCUGACCGACAGAUGUUACAGGACUCUGAUGGGGGCGUUGUUGUUGAACCUGGGAGGAGCUCCUGAGGGGCCUGCUGGCACAGGGAAGACUGAGACAUCCAAAGAUUUGGCUAAAGCAGUUGCUAAACAGUGUGUCGUGUUCAAUUGCUCAGAUGGACUUGACUAUAAGGCUAUGGGUAAAUUCUUCAAGGGCUUGGCACAGUCAGGUGCCUGGGCAUGUUUUGAUGAAUUUAACAGAAUUGAACUUGAAGUAUUGUCAGUUAUAGCACAGCAGGUUCAGACUAUACAAAGGGCUAUAGCUGAACAGUUACAGACAUUUGUGUUUGAGGGUACAGAGAUUUCUCUAGAUCCUACAUGUACUAUAUUUAUUACAAUGAACCCUGGGUAUGCAGGCAGGGCAGAGCUUCCAGAUAAUCUAAAGGUGCUAUUCCGUACAGUUGCUAUGAUGAUUCCAGACUAUGCCAUGAUUGCCGAAAUAUCACUAUAUUCCAUGGGCUUUGUUGAUGCGAGAAGUCUAUCCACCAAAAUUGUUGCUACAUACAAAUUGUGCUCGGAGCAGCUAUCUUCACAGCAUCAUUAUGACUACGGUAUGAGAGCAGUAAAAUCUGUGCUCACAGCAGCCGGAAAUCUGAAAAUAAAAUACCCAGAACAGAGAGAAGAUGUGCUGGUGCUGAGAUCUAUUAAUGAUGUGAAUUUGCCCAAGUUCUUGUCACAUGACAUUCCGCUGUUUGAGGGUAUCAUCUCUGACUUGUUCCCGGGUGUAGAGCUUCCUAAACCAGACUAUGAUGCCCUAGAGUCCGCUCUGAUCAAACAUAUAGAGUCAAGAAAUCUACAGGCAGUUCCAUACUUCACCGAGAAGAUUAUACAAAUAUAUGACAUGAUAUUGGUACGUCAUGGCCUGAUGAUUGUCGGAGAUCCGCUGGCUGGGAAGUCCUCGUCCUACAUGGUACUAGCAGAUGCUUUGGCUGAUCUGCAUAAAGAAGGAUUGAUGGAUGAAAAUGGGGUGUGGUACAGAAUUAUAAACCCUAAAGCAGUCACUAUGGGUCAGCUUUAUGGUAGAUUUGACCCUGUGUCUCAUGAAUGGACUGAUGGUAUUCUUGCAAACACUUUUAGAGAGCAUGCUUCCAGCACCACGCAUCAUAGAAAGUGGAUUAUCUUUGAUGGUCCUGUGGAUGCUGUGUGGAUUGAAAAUAUGAAUACAGUGCUUGAUGAUAACAAAAAGCUUUGUUUAAUGAGUGGAGAGAUUAUACAGAUGAACAACAAACAGAACAUGAUAUUUGAACCUCAGGACUUGGAGCAAGCCUCCCCAGCCACUGUUAGCAGAUGUGGUAUGAUUUACAUGGAUCCACUACAGCUAGGCUGGGAACCACUUGUGAAGUCCUGGAUGGCAACCAGUCUUCCAGAAUACAAACUUACUCAGGAACAAAAAGAUACUAUAAGAAUGUUAUUUGAAUGGAUGUUACCGCCAUGUUUGAACUAUGUAGUUAAAUAUUGUAAACAUAUACUCAACUGUCAUCCGAUGCAUUUAACGAUGAGUAUGCUACGACUAUAUACAUGUCUUCUGGAGGAUAUCAAAAAAAUUGGUGAAGAAGAGGACGAUGAUGAAGAUAUAUUCGAGGAGGAAUUACCGGAGGGUGAGGAGGAGAAAGCCGAGGAGAAACCGACCAGCCUCUCCGACCAGAAAAUCAUCGAGGAGAAAACUAACAUGCUCAUAUGUUACUUUUUAUUCUCAAUGGUGUGGUCAGUAGGUGCAACUCUCGAUGAAAACUCGAGGAUAAAAUUUGACGAGUUUUUCAGAUCACUCUGUGAGAUGGAGAGUGUGAAGGACAAACAUCCAAGACCUAAGGAGUUAAAGCUUUCCCGAGGUUUGCUGAUUCCCAAGCGGGGCCUCAUCUAUGACCAUGUGUAUAUAAAGAGACAGUAUGGUUCCUGGCACCAGUGGAGUUCCCUAUUGUCCAAUAUAGAUAUUGAUGAGCAAACCAAGAUUAACGAGCUGAUAAUUAACACCAUGGAAACGGAGAGGCAGAAAUACUUCCUGGAACGCCUGCUGUUGAAUGACAAACCGUUACUUCUUGUCGGUCCCACCGGAACAGGAAAGAGCGCGAUCACAAACAACUAUCUACUGUCAUUACCAAAGGAUAAAUACAUCAUUAAUAACGUGAACUUCUCCGCACAAACGUCUGCCAACCAGACACAAGACAUCAUAUUUUCUAAGCUUGACAGGAGAAAGAAAGGAGUGUAUGGUCCAAACCCAGGUAAACAGCUGGUGGUAUUUGUUGAUGAUCUAAAUAUGCCAGCCAAGGAGAAGUAUGGGGCUCAACCCCCGAUAGAAGUGCUGAGACAGUGGAUAGACCAAGGUUACUGGUUUGACAGGAAAGACACAAGUAUAUUAAACCUGGUUGACAUCAGUAUGCUAUGUGCUAUGGGACCACCUGGUGGUGGCCGGAACAACGUCACACCGAGAUUUCUCCGGCAUUUCAAUGUGGUCAGCAUUCUAUCAUUUGAUGAGGAGACAAUGAAGAACAUAUUCUCUCCGAUAGUCGACUGGCAUUUUAGAUCCUAUGAAACUGCCCAUAGAAGAUGGUCUAGGAUCAUAGUUACAGCAACAUUAGACAUAUAUCAGAAAGCAAUACAGAAUUUCCUUCCAUCACCUUCACGUUCUCACUAUGUGUUCAAUCUAAGAGACUUUGCUCGUGUAGUUCAGGGAGUGUUGUUGCUAAAGUCCGAAGUUGUACCAGAAGGUCAGGAAGGAUCACAGAAGAUAAUCCGGUUGUGGAUUCACGAGGUUUAUCGAGUGUUUUACGAUAGACUGGUUGAUGAGACAGAUAGGGAUACAUUCUUUGGCAUGAUUAAGACAUGUGUAGAGAGCCAGUUUAAGGAUAAGAUGCCAAGUUUAUUUUCACACAUCACUGGUGACCCUAAGGCAGAGGUUACUGAUGACAAUAUACGCAGUCUGUUGUUUGGAGAUUAUCUCAACAAGGGGAAGUCAGAGAAACUGUACGAUGAGAUACAGAACCUCGAUGAGUUACGAGAGGUGAUAGAGCAAUGCCUAGAGGAAUAUAAUAUGAUGAGUAAAGCUCCGAUGGAUCUUGUUAUGUUUAGAUUUGCCAUUGAACAUAUAUCUAGAAUCAGUCGAGUUCUCAAACAACCAAACGGACAUUGUCUACUUGUUGGUAUCGGAGGAAGUGGACGUCAAAGUGCUACAAGAUUAGCAGCAUUUAUGUCUGACUUUGAGCUCUUCAGUAUAGAGAUAACAAAGAACUACAACAUGCCAGAAUGGCGGGAUGAUCUACGUAAAAUGAUGAGAAAAGCUGGAGAUGAGGGAAUAUCUAUGGUUUUCUUGUUUGGAGAUCACCAAAUUAAGGAUGUUGCCUUUUUAGAAGAUGUGAACAUGAUUUUGAACACUGGUGAUAUACCCAAUCUUUACGAUAAUGAAGACCGGCUGGAAAUUAUUGAAAAGAUGCAAGUAAUCUGUCAGAAUGAGAAUUCUCCAUUGGAAAGGACACCGCUAAACAUGUACAACAAGUUUAUAGAGCGUGUUAGACGUAAUCUCCAUGUUGUGCUAGCAUUCAGUCCUAUAGGGGAUGCAUUUAGAGCCAGAAUCAGAAUGUUUCCAUCACUUAUUAACUGUUGUACCAUAGAUUGGUUUAAGGCGUGGCCAGAGGAUGCUUUAGAGCUUGUUGCCAACAAGUUCCUUGAUGAUGUAGAAAUGACAAAUGAAGUAAGACAAGAAACUGUGGUCAUGUGUAAACAUUUCCAUGAGAGUGUCCGAGCAUUGUCCGAAAGGUUUUACAACACAAUGAGAAGAAGGAAUUAUGUGACCCCAACCUCAUACCUAGAAUUGAUAAAAACAUUCAAGAACUUACUGAACAAGAAACGUCUAGAGUUACUUACCUUGAAGAACAGAUAUCAAGUUGGUCUAGAGAAAUUGGACUUUUCAGAGCAACAGAUCAACAUUAUGCAGAAGGAGUUGAUCGAGUUACGACCACAGUUGAUACAGACCAGUAAGGAGACAGAAGAGCUUAUUGUUGUGAUAGAGAAGGAGAGUAUAGAUGUACAACAGGUUAAAGAAGUAGUAGAGGUAGACGAGGCAGCUGCCAAUAAGGCUGCCAAUGAAUCUCAUGCUAUCAAGGUUGAAUGUGAAGAAAAACUAGCAAUUGCUAUGCCGGCUAUGAAUGCUGCUAUUGCCGCUUUGGACACAUUGAAACAGAACGAUAUCAGUCUUGUAAAGACCAUGACAAAUCCACCAGCUGGUGUCAGGCUGGUUCUAGAGGCUGUUUGUAUCAUGAAGGGGCUCAAACCUGAGAAGAAACCAGAUGCUAGUGGUAAAAUGGUGGAAGAUUUCUGGCCAGUUGCCAAAAAAAUGUUGGGUGAUAUGCGGUUCUUGGAUAGUUUAAAGGAAUAUGAUAAAGACAACAUACCUGCUGCUAUCAUGAAAAAGAUAAGGGGAGGUUAUAUAAACAAUGCAGACUUUGAUCCUGUGUUAAUUAAAAAUUCAUCCUCGGCUUGUGAGGGAUUGUGUAAAUGGGUUCGUGCAAUUGAUGUGUAUGACGGUGUGGCAAAGGUUGUUGCUCCUAAGAAGGAGAGUUUAGACAAAGCGGAGGCGGAGCUUGCAGAGCAGAUGGCUAAACUGAAUGAGAAGAGGGCGGAGCUUAAAGCUGUGACUGACAAGCUGCAGGCGUUAGAGGAUGAUCUGAAGAGAAAACAAGAAGAGUCACAGAAUUUGGAGGAUAAUAUAGCACUCACCAAGGUCAAGAUAGAAAGAGCAGAAAAACUGAUCAGUGGACUAGGUGGGGAGAAAGAAAGAUGGACAAAGAAUGUUGAGGAUUUGAGUGAGACAUAUGACAAUAUAAUUGGUGAUGUUCUAUUGUCAGCUAGUGUGGUAGCUUAUCUAGGACCAUUUAUUCUAGCAUAUAGACAGGAAUGUUUGAAAGAGUGGUACACUAUGUGUGAGGAGAAAGGUAUCCCUCUGUCAGAACAGUUCUCCCUGUCAGGAACACUUGGUGAUCCUGUCAAGAUUCGAGACUGGCAGAUUGCUGGACUUCCAGUUGACAGUUUUUCCACUGACAACGCCCUAAUUGCAACCAGUGCUAAUAGAUGGCCGUUGAUGAUAGAUCCACAGGGUCAGGCAAAUAAAUGGGUUAAAAACAUGGAGAAAUCUAGUAAACUAGAGGUCAUUAAACAAUCUGAUGUAAACUUUACAAGAUCACUUGAGAAUUGUGUACAGUUUGGUAACCCAUGUCUACUAGAGAAUGUAGGGGAAGAGCUUGACCCUAUCCUAGAACCUAUACUAUUGAAGCAGACAUUUAAACAGAGUGGUCUAGACUAUAUGAGGAUAGGUGACCAGGUCGUAGAGUACAGUAAAGAUUUCCGGUUCUAUAUCACAUCACGACUGAGGAAUCCUCAUUAUCUGCCGGAAGUCUCGGUUAAGGUGACAUUGUUAAACUUUAUGAUCACCCCUCUUGGUUUAGAUGAUCAGUUACUGGGUAUUGUAGCUGCCAAGGAGAAACCAGAGUUAGAGGAGAAAAAGAAUCAGCUGAUACUUGAAAGUGCUCACAAUAAACGUCAACUGAAAGAGAUAGAAGAUAGAAUCCUGGAAGUACUCUCUGAAUCGGAGGGUAACAUACUGGAAGAUGAAGUAGCUAUAAAUGUGUUAUCGUCCAGUAAAGUUCUCUCCCUUGAAAUAUCAGAGAAGGAGAAAAUAGCCUCACAUACAGAGAAAGAGAUUGAUGAAGUCAGAAAUGGUUACAAACCUGUGGCGAAGCACGGCAGUAUUUUGUUUUUCACCAUAUCUGACUUGGCUAACAUAGAUCCUAUGUACCAGUAUUCUCUAACCUGGUUUAUAAAUCUAUAUCUACAGUCAAUCAUCAACAGUGAGCCAUCAGUAGUACUGGAGCAGAGAAUAGGGAAUCUGAACAAUCAUUUUACAUACAGUAUAUACAAGAAUGUUUGUAGAUCAUUGUUUGAGAAGGACAAACUUCUCUUUUCCUUCAUUCUUUGUAUUGGCAUAGCUAAAGCAGAAGGCACGAUUGAUGACUUAGAGUGGCGGUUCUUACUAACAGGAGGUGUAGCUUUAGAAAAUCCCUUCCCCAACCCUGCCCCUGCUUGGUUGUCAGAAAAAUCAUGGUCAGAAAUAGUAAGGUGCUCAGAUCUACCUGCAUUUAAAGGAUUUAUGGAUGAGUUCAGGGAAAAGAUUACUUUCUGGAAGAAGGUAUAUGAUUCCCCAACACCACAGAAAGAACUACUGCCAGAUCCCUGGGAAGAAAAAUUGUCAAAACUACAAAAACUGAUUGUUUUAAGAUGUUUAAGACCAGACAAGAUGGUAUCAGCUAUACAGACAUAUAUCCAGGAAGCAAUGGGCCAGAAAUAUAUUGAGCCUCCAACCUUUGACCUGUCGCUUAGUUACGAAGAUUCCAACUCGGCCUCUCCUCUGAUAUUCGUACUCUCACCUGGUGCUGACCCAAUGGCCGGACUUUUUAGAUUCGCUGAAGAAAAAGGUAUCAUAGCCCGUACACUUUCCCGCCAAACAACAAUUCAUAACGGUGAAAGAUCUAAAUCCAAACUUAACAUUGACCUCAAUCCUAAACCGUCCUCGCUUGGGGGACAAUUGGGAAAAGGAAGAAUGACCGAGGCUGAUCGUCGACGGAGGGUUUCCAGUAUUUUUGGCGCAGACUCAGCAGUCUUAGCCAAUCAGGAACGAUUAGCGCGUAUGGGCAGCAAAGCAUUGCAGACGAUAUCCUUAGGCCAAGGUCAAGGUCCAAUUGCAGAGAAGAUGAUAAUGGAGGCAGUAGAAAUGGGAACAUGGGUCGUAUUACAGAAUUGUCACCUAGCUGCCUCAUGGCUGGGAGAACUUGAACGCAUUUGUGAAACGGUUAUCACUGAUUCAACAAAAACCAAGCCAGGUUUUCGUCUGUGGUUAACUAGCUACCCGUCGCCAGAUUUCCCAGUAUCUGUACUACAAAAUGGUGUGAAGAUGACGAAUGAACCUCCGGCAGGACUAAGAGCUAAUUUAUUGAGAUCCUAUCUCAAUGAUCCAAUUUCUGAUCCAGCCUUCUUUAAUUCAUGUAAUAAACCAAAGGUUUUUGAGAAGUUGCUGUUUGGUUUAUGCUUUUUCCAUGCUCUUGUCCAAGAAAGACGCAAGUUUGCUGCACUUGGUUGGAAUAUACCAUAUGAAUUUAACGAAUCAGAUCUACGCAUAUCUGUCAGACAGUUAGAGAUGUUUAUUAAUGAUUACGCGACUCCACCACUAGAAGCUUUGACGUACCUGACUGGAGAAUGUAACUAUGGUGGUCGUGUCACAGAUGACAUGGAUCGCCGGCUGAUCAUUAGUUUGCUCAAUAUCUUCUACUGUGAAAAUGUCAUUUAUGAUGACAACCACAAGUUCUCAGACAGUGGAACAUAUUAUGCCCCACCUAAAGGUUCAUAUGACAACUAUGUUGCCUACAUAAGAAGUCUUCCUUUGAUUCCCCAUCCAGAGGUGUUUGGUCUACAUGAAAACGCAGAUAUAACUAAAGAUCAAAAAGAGACACAACAACUAUUUGAUGGAAUUCUCCUCACACUACCAAGACAGCCGAAGCAGAGUGACAGUUGGAGCAUAUACAAUGCUGCAAAAAUUACCGAAAAUAGCUCAGUUUUCAGAAAAUUAAGUGGUGGUGGAAAGUCGUCACAGGAUGUGAUCGAGGAACUUGCAAGUGACAUUCUUACAAAGAUUCCCCCUGACUUUAACUUGGAAGAAAUUCAGACAAAGUAUCCAGUUAGAUAUGAGGAGUCGAUGAAUACUGUAUUGGUGCAGGAAUUGAUCAGGUUCAAUCGCCUGAUACAGAUUGUACGUUCAAGUCUGCAGGACAUAAGGAAAGCUAUCAAAGGUUUGGUACUGAUGUCCUCCGAACUAGAAGACAUGUUUGAUAGUAUGAUGGUUGGCAAGGUACCUGCAAUGUGGGCUGCAAAGUCAUAUCCGUCUCUGAAACCACUUGGUAGCUACAUUACUGAUCUUCUAUCGAGGUUGCAAUUCUUCAAGGAAUGGGUUUUCUCAGGAAGCCCUGUGGUGAUGUGGAUAUCAGGCUUCUAUUUCACACAGUCCUUCUUGACUGGUGUUCUUCAAAACUACGCCAGACGAUUCCAAAUUCCAAUAGACCAUCUUGGGUUCGAAUUUGAAGUGAUGACUCAUGAUACUUCAAUGCCUCAGAAACCGAGUAAUGGUGCAUAUAUUCGUGGUAUAUUCAUGGAGGGAGCAAGGUGGGAUAGAAUACAGAAAUGUAUAGAAGAGUCUCAUCCUAAGAUUCUGUACGAGACAGUGCCAAUUAUAUGGUUGAAACCAGGAAAAUCUGCCGAGUUCGAACAAAAAGAAGAAUACAGCUGUCCAAUUUAUAAAACAAGUGCUAGACGUGGAGUUUUAUCAACAACCGGACACUCUACAAACUGGGUGAUGAACAUUAAACUUCCAACGAAAAAGCCUGAAAAUCACUGGAUUAACCGCGGUGUUGCUUGCCUCUGCCAGCUGGAUAACUGAACACAUGGGAUUUGUGAAUGUGGAUAACCUAACACUUGGGAUUUGUGAAUGUGGUUAAUUGAACACGUGGAAUUUGUAAAUGUGGAUAAUUGAACAGUGGACUUUAUGAAUGUGGAUAACUGAACAUGUGGAAUUUGUGAAUGCUUUAGUGUUAUGUAUUAGAAUUUAAAAAAGGGGAUUUCAGGAAUUAGUCAUUAGUCAUCUUAUAAAAUUAUUAGCAUAUUUGAUUUACAGUUUAUAUUGAACCAUAGAACUUUAUUUACAAAAUAAGGUAAGCUGGCAAAGUACUGAGUAAUAAUCAUGCAUUCCUUGACUUGUGAAGGUAUUUUAUAACUUACAUAGUGUUUUAUGAGAAGAUAAUUUUUUUAUAUUCAGAAGGUAUUGGCGUUUGUUUUGAUUUAUUACUAAUUUUAGAACUGUACUAAUGUAUUUCGUUAAUUUGUCGGAUAAACAGUUAACCCAUAUUUUGAAAACAUGCCAGUUAUAAAGCGAGGUUGUUAACUUUUACUUUUUACUUUUUUUCAAUGCUGUCUUCCGGUGUUAGUUAAAAUGUUGAUGAUUUGUAUAUUUUUGUUUUCUUUCGUGAGGUGUUGAUAAAAAUUCUGUUGCAAUAAGUUCUAGGUUAAUCUUUAAAUUUACUGGCCUAUUUCAUUCUUUCUUUUUUGUGUCAUUCAAUAUAUAUAAGUAAAUGCAUGUAUUGUAAUGGAUCUGUGAUAUAAGUUGUAUAUUAUAAGACGUCCGUUUUCUAAAUCAUACAUAAGUUGGUAUUUGUUAUACAUGUUACUUAGUAACAAAUUAUUUAUUUGUUUAUAUUUUCUUUUUGAUUUGUAUUCUUUUUACAAUGCACUUUGUUAAAAUAAUGUUUUACAUAAUAUUAUAUAUAUUGUCGCUGUAUUUCUUAUUUAUCCAUAUGAGCAUACUGUGAUUUCUUGAUUAUAUUUUAUAAAAGGUAUAUAAUUCUACAUAUUUCUGUUGAGGUUUUGGAAGUUGUUAUUUUAGGUCAUAUAUGCUUAACAGAAGUGUUUUAGUACAUUUAAAACGAUUUGUUUAUCAUUUCAAAAUUUGUAUUAUUAUUAAAUGUAUUUAUAUUUGUGUUAAUAACUACAUACAUGUAUAUUAAAACUUUUCACCACGCAAAUAUCUCAUUUUAGAUUUACUUAUUAAGUAAAUUUUUUUACCUUUGUAAUAGUGAAGCAUUUAUUAGUAUUGUGUUAUUAUUGUGUACAAGUUGUCUUUUAUAUAAUAUAAGCAAAUAUUAUUUUAAAGGAUUUUGAAAACAUCAAACCUGAUUAUGUAUGUCCUGUCUGUACAUUGAAGAAAUAAUAGAGCCGAAACACAUUGUAUGAAUUAUUGUCACAUGCCUAUCUUAAAGUAUGUGACAAAGUGAUCCAAUGCUAUCGUUUACAAUAAUUAGUAAUAUCUGUCCAGAUCGUGCAAUUAUAUUUGAAUGAGAUGGGGUUUGGUCGGUAAGAAUAAUGUACAUGUCUGGUUUUCUUUUACGUUUGUUUCAUAUGUUCAAAAUGGAAACAAAGCCUGUUCUUGUUAAUCAUUCGCAUUAUUGCCUUGUUGUCUCUUCUUCUCUUCUUUUGCAUUAUCUAUUUUUCUAUAAAGGAGCAUUGUUAUGUGGUAGGCCAAGGUCUCAUUACGUAAAGAAAACAAACCCAAACACGUGUUAGUGAUUUUAAACAAAUACCAGUCUGAGAAACGUUAAAUUUCUUUAAGAAAUAACCAUGUUUUGUUUUCUUUACUCGAAUAUUUUCGUGUCUGAAAAAAUUACAUACAAAAUUUAGGAAUAUACAUGUUCUGUUUUCUAUAUAUCCGCAUUUGUUAUGUAUUUAUUUAUCAUGUUUUAUUGUUAUUAAAUGAUGCUUCACCUUAUGUAAAGAACAUUUACAGAUACUUAUUUUUUUCAUAGAUCGUUUACUUUUUUAAAAAAAUAAAUAGUUUUUAUUGAC